AUGGGAUCGGUGGGAACGGAGCGCUUCAAGGAGCUGAGCCCGGCGGGGACGCCCGAGGGGAACGUGGUGAUGAGCUUCAGCUUCGACAGCUACCAGCUGGAGGAGGACGAGCUGCAGCGGGGCAGCCAGGCCAAGGGCGUCCUCACCUUCAUGGAGCCGGUUUCUGAAGACCCUGAGCCACAGGACCGAUACCACGGGAUCUACUUCGCCAUGCUGCUGGCCGGGGUUGGGUUUCUCCUGCCGUACAACAGCUUCAUCACCGACGUGGACUACCUGCACCACAAAUACCCAGGGACCUCCAUCGUCUUCGACAUGAGCCUCACCUACAUCCUGGUGGCCUUGGUGGCCGUCAUCCUCAACAACGCGCUGGUGGAGCUGCUGAGCUUGCACACGCGCAUCUCCGUGGGUUACCUCUUUGCCCUGGGCCCCCUGCUCUUUGUCAGCAUCUGCGACGUCUGGCUGGAGCUCUUCACCCGCCGGCAAGCCUACGCCAUCAACCUGGUGGCCGUCGGGGUGGUGGCUUUCGGCUGCACAGUGCAGCAAUCCAGCUUCUACGGCUACACGGGGCUGCUGCCCAAGCGCUACACGCAGGGGGUGAUGACGGGCGAGAGCACCGCCGGGGUCAUCAUCUCGCUCAGCCGCAUCUUCACCAAGCUGCUGCUGUCGGACGAGAAGGAGAACACGGUCAUCUUCUUCUUCAUCUCCAUCGGCAUGGAGCUGACGUGCUUCAUCCUCCACCUCCUGGUGAAGCGCACCCGCUUUGUCCGCUACUACACCUCCUGCUCCCGCAAGGGCCACCCCGCGUCCCGGGGGGCCGGUGACCACGGGACAGGGUACCGCGUCCACCACGACGUCACCGCCGAGGACGACCGGCUGCGGGGACAGCCCGGCUCCCCCCGGGGCAGCCUGGGCCCCGAAGCCGAGCUGGCGGGCAGCGGCACCUACAUGCGCUUCGACGUGCCCCGGCCCAAAAUCAAGAGGAGCUGGCCCAGCUUCAGAGACAUGCUGCUCCACCGCUACGUCGUGUCGCGGCUCAUCUGGGCCUACAUGCUGUCCAUCGCCAUGACCUACUUCAUCACGCUGUGCCUCUUCCCCGGGCUGGAGUCGGAGAUCCACAACUGCACGCUGGGCGAGUGGCUCCCCAUCCUCAUCAUGGCCAUCUUCAACCUCUCCGACUUCGUCGGCAAGAUCCUGGCCGCCCUGCCCUACGACUGGAGGGGGACCCACCUCCUCAUCUACUCCUGCCUCCGCGUGGUCUUCAUCCCCCUCUUCAUCAUGUGCGUCUACCCCAACGGGAAGCCUGCCUUCGGCCACCCGGCCUGGCCCUGCGUCUUCUCCCUCCUCAUGGGCAUCACCAACGGCUACUUCGGCAGCGUGCCCAUGAUCCUGGCCGCCGGCAAAGUGAGCCCCGAGCAGCGGGAGCUGGCAGGGAACACCAUGACCGUGUCCUACAUGACGGGCUUGACGCUGGGCUCGGCCGUGGCUUAUUUUGCCUACAGCCUCACCAGCACGUCCCACAGUAGCUGUUUCUACACCGAAACGUCCAACGGCUCCUUCCUGGGGGGGUACUGA